UGAAGUGCGAAUAUUGAUUUGUGUCCUGUAUGGCGAACGGUAUGGACACGGAGGCGCACAUCGCUUUGCCUUCACGGGUGUAGUAUGGGUGGGUCUCCCAGUCAGCUGAUUCCACGCUUAUGUCGUCGUGGAACCUCCCAACCUCUGUGCUUCUUUGUGUUUUUUUGCGGCAACAGACGACGUUGAUUACGCAUUUAUGUCAACCUCCUGACGUUCAUUCACUCGCUAUGGAGAUGUAUGGAUUAUUUUAUGGGACAGUGCAGUUAAGUCUCUGAUAGAGAGUUGAUUGAAAUAUAGUGUUGUGAAGUGUUCUGGUUGUGUUGUGGGUACCUCCACAUGCAGUUGCCAGGCUUCUUCCAGAUCCUGGUGUCGCGCGAUGCAAGUCUGGCGGAGGCGACUUCAGCCAAACGUCCCUUAUGUCGGAGGUGCAAGGCUGGUAGUGAAGCCGACGAUAGCGAGCGUAUACAGGAAGCGUCUGAGCGGCUCGGAGAUAGAUAUAUUAGAAGCGUUGCCAACGACAGACAAGUAUUGACUGUAGUCGAGGCUGAAUGAACUGUAAACUCCCUCAGAGACAGACAUAUCCCACAGGCUUUUAUAUUCACCACAAAUGCAUUGUUUUCUUCCGUGGUGUAGAGUCCAGAUCGCAUUUACCCGUAGCAUUGAUCAGCACGCGAGGGUAGUCAACUCAGGCCUACUGACGGAGACGGGGAUACAGAGAGGAGGCUCGGGAUUGAAUCGAUUGGGGGAGGUGAUUUGACUCAGGUGCGAGAAAAUUGGAGAGGUCUGUUGCGCUGGCAUGAAAACAGUGCAUUGAUUAGACAGAAUGGUGAACCGAUGAAAUACGUGUGGUCAUUCCAAGUCAAUGUCCUUGGGAUAGGCAUCCUUCGUUGAAUCGUGUGCGCGGGACUGACGCUUCUCGCGCGGUGAUUGGAAGUAGCUCAUCCGUCGCACGGCCAGGUAAGCGGACGCACAAAAAGCCCGCGAGAGUGUCGUCUGCUAUCAGCUGUAGCAGCCGACGACAUGGGCAGAAGCAGACGAGCGUGGGUGCAACACUUGUUACUUGUGUACGUGUGUGUGGUCGUCCUGCUCUCUCAGUGUGAAUGUCUCUCGGAGAGAAAGUUGUCCGAGUUUGAGGAAGUUGUGAAGAAGGCCCUCCAUUGUAGAAAUGUACCCGCUGCGUCGGUAACGCUCGUACAAGAUGGGAAAGUGUUGAUGAAGAGAUCGUUUGGAAAGGCCGAUCCGGAGAAGAAUAUUCAUGCCAAGGAUGACACAAAAUUUUGCAUUGGAUCAUUAACGAAGGCAUUUACUUCAACGAUUUUGGCCAAGCUUGUAACGGAGAGAAAAAAUGUGACAUUCGACACUCCUAUUCGAGACAUCAUCGGCGACUCCUUCAAACUUUCCGACGAUGUCCGAACGAACCUCGUGAGUCUCCGUGACUUGCUGUCACAUCGAGUAGGCGUACCAGCCUACUUCAAAGCUCUGGUUGUCGGCUUCCCGGAAACUGUCGACAGAUCGGAAGUAGUCAGGCGGAUCCGCUACAUGCCCGCCACGGAGCCCAUCAGGACCAAGUUUAUGUACAGCAACUACAUGUACACUCUGGCCGGCUACGUGGCCGAGCGGAUGACGGGGAAGUCGUGGGAGAGUCUGGUCGAGGACUACAUCCUUACCCCCCUCGGCAUGCGCAACAGCGGCUUCAUCGACAGACUUUUCAACUUCACCAACUUAGCUUUGCCAGUCGCCACGAAGCACGGGAAACUCACCAACCUGGACCCCAUGUUACUGCACGCCGUUCAUCCGUGCGGUCCAGCAGGGUCCUUGUACUCCACAGCGGCGGACAUGGCCAAGUGGGUGCAGCUGCUCCUUAACAACGGCAAGUCUGACCAGGGUGACCAGGUGUUUGACCCCCGGGUCAUAGCGGAGACCCAGGAACCUGGCAUGGCGGCUCCGGUUCUUCAGGACAAUCUCAAGCGACCAACGUUCCCUGUUGGAGAUGUCCAGAUGUACUAUGACAUGGCAUGGGUCACGUCUCUGUAUAGAGGUUUCAAACUGGUGUGGCACUCGGGAGGCAUCAUCACACACUCAUCCCGCCUCUGGCUCUUCCCGGACAAGAACGUCGGCAUCUACGCUGUGGUCAAUGGUCCACAAAGUCACACCAAGUCGCUUGCCCUCAGGGCUAUCAUGAGCUACGCCGCUGAUAUACUGCUGGGCGAGGACCCUUGGCUCAACACAUCCACCAUUUGUUCCUACCCAGCCCCGUGGAAGGAAGGGUUCGAAUCCGCCAGCCCCCCUACCGUCACAGACACUACCACCGUCACUGCCCGACCUGCCCAGGACUACGUGGGGUCGUACUACCACAGAGGGUUCGGCGAAAUACGGGUGGAGCUGAAAGAGGAUGCUGCAGACACCCUGCGGAUGACGUUUGGGAGGUUUGGGAAGAUGAAUCUGUAUCCACAGUCGGAAACAAUGUUCCACGGACGCUACUAUGGCCCGCUGUGGUUCAUGAGUGAUUCAGACGACCAGUUCCAGCCAGAGAUUGUGGAAUUCGUGAAAAAUAAAGACAAUAGGAUAUCUGGUUUGAUAUAUUCCAUAGAUACCCAGUACAAUAGUACAAUGUUCAGUAAGGGGUCGUAUUAUCCCUUGGAGACACUAUCAACAUGGACGUUUGCUUGCCCGCACACAUCAAGUGCAUCAGUGCAUAGCUUCUCUCGUGGACUUUUGAUAAUAACAAUUUUGUCAAGUUUAUAUUGUCAUCUCCGGCAAUGUGUAUGACAUGUGUAUGCCGAUCCCGAGGGCGAGAUUUGGGCAGGGUCGAGGAAGGGCAUGGGUGGGGUCUGGUGGGAUGGGUGUGGUCGAAACGAUGUUGUUGGAAUGGGGAGAACGAUAGGUUGCGUUUGAAUGGGGGUGGGAUUUGGCGAGAAGGGCUUAGUAGUGAGAAUAGGGAUAAAAUGAGUCGUGUAUGAUUGGGAUUGGGAUCGGGUGAGCUAGGCUCAGAUAUAGGAUGGAAUAAAAUGCGUUGGGGAUUAGAUUAUAUGGGAUAAGGUGUAGAAAUAGUGGUGAUGAUGAAGAUGAGUUGGUUUAGGGUGAGAUCAUCUUCCCGAGGCAAGGGUGUUAAUUAACUGUAAGAGUCCAGUUUCCAUCCUUGCCGAACUAGGCUGCAGAUAUGGAGUUAUAUUUUGGAUGAACUAACGAGUCUAUGCAUAGUCCAAUCAAAAUCAUGGAGCGAAAUCGACAUCCAGUUCGUAAGCAACAUGGAUUUCAACGUGCAGAUUUCGGUCGACUGCAGGAUUUGCAAAAGAUGUGUACCCUCAACUAGGCGAUGACACAUAUUUUCCAAAUCUUUUCAUGUUUUUAAUCAAGGUGCUCACGUUAAUUGAUCCACUUCGCGAUAUAACACCCGUUUUUUUACAAUAUAGAUCUUGAUUAUCGAUCAGAUCGUCUUGACUGGGCGCCGCCAUUUUGUUUGAAGCCAAUGCAUGUUAUAUGAGAGGUGGAAUCUGAUUGGUCAAUAGAAGGGGCAUUGAAGGGACAUAACCCGUAAUAACCACCUGUUGCGCUACGAUCGAGCGUUGCUGUCAUGCUGACCAGUCACUAAGGCGCGGCAAGUACAUGUGAAGAGUUGCGCCCCUUAGCCGUGCCAGGAUCCAGUGAUCCGAUUAUGAAUUUUGGUCCGUCAGCACCAUAUCCUUGCUCGUUGGUUUCACCACAGUGGUAAACCUCUCGACCCUGCGUAACGUUGGGUUUACUUCCAUGGUAACUUGACAUAUCGUUAUACAAGUGAGUGAAAUAAUGUUCAAUACAACUUUUAACCCAUCGUACUCACUCGUAUAUUUGUCGUAAGAUAGCACUAUACGAUAAAUGUGACCACAUCAAGUCCUGAAUAACUAAACUAUUUUAUUAAAGAAAUUACAUAACGACCACGAUAACCAUAUAUUUAAUUGUCUUUGUAAAUUCGGAUGGCCUUGGUAACCUAGCAACCUGAACAUUAUUAUCACCUUGACAUUCAGUUUGACCUUGACAUACACAUUAACAAGCACGUACAGAGUACGCUAAACAUUAGACUUAGUCUGGCGUGUGGCUCUCAAUGACUACCCAGACAUCCAAGACCUGUCGACGUAUAUAUGAUCGAACCCAACCCUCUAUACGACGACCCAUCUAGGUUCGAAUCCCAGAUUCUAAGACUUGCGUCCUUUCCGCCCACAUUAAGCUGAGACGUCGUGAUGAAACCAAAGUAUACCAAACCCAUUCGCUAUACGACGAUACAGGAGAAGAAUCUUCAUCAACUAGAUUCAUAAUGUAGCAUAUUUGAAAAUUAAAUCACUUCUUGCCUGAAAAAUAUCAAAAGUGUAAUUUGGUUAAUAUCGUCAUCAUGUUGCUGAAAUGACUUUCGCAACAAUCCAAUAUUUAGAAUAUGACUCUGAUAUAAUAUAGUCGAACCUCGUUUCCUCAACUCGACAUAUUUUUUUUCUAUACGUUGACUCGAGAUAAACAUGUACUGACAAUUGGGAUAUAACUCCAAGAUACCUUUAAAUUAAGAUAUUUUGGAAAAAAAUGCGUAUAAUAGUUUUUAAUCAUUUUUUAUAAUAAUGUUCAUUUACACUUCGCUUCUUAGUAGCCGAAUAUGACUUGACUACUUUCUCUUUCUGGAGCUCCGGUUCUCUCGAUGUGUUCGAGAUAACGAGAGUCUAUGUACAUCUUUCUUCAGCUCUUCUCAUGUGUAUAUAUCACACGUAGUGAACGAUGCCAUAUUGGAUUUCUAUAUAUACUGGACAAAACAGUUGGGGAUCAUAAAUAUUUUGGUGGAUUUUUAAAUUUGAAAUUGUGUGCUCACUCUUUUCACACAAAAAGGUUCCCCUAAAAAUAUUAAUGAUUCCUUACUCUCUUUGUUCAGUAUAUUAAUUAUAUAUAUAUACACAUUUUGUUUGUCGCACAUGCUAAUCUAUAUUCAUGUACAUACAUAUUGUUACGCUUGUAUCUAUAAUGUUUAACAGCUGUUAUAGUUUGUCAGUCACCCAGUUCAUUUAGAAAUAAAACAUACCCCAUACUAAA